UUACUUUAUUGAAGAAGAUUCAGUUUUCCGAUCCUUCGAAAGCUCUUUAAAGAGUCAGGACUCACGUUCUCUGUUUUCUUCGACAGGCAUUUCCCAGGAGGAUUUUGGAUGAAAAUGGGGACCAUCCUGGCCAGGUUCCGGAAACGGCAGAGUACUGUUGAGAUAUUGGAAGGGAUUGAAAAAGACAUUGACCAACUACUACGGUCUAAGCGACGUAAUGUUGAACUAGAGAAACAUUACAUGGGUAGCCUCCUGCUCUACUCUGUCAUUGGCUACCUGAUAAUGGCACUCUUCUUCUAUUUUCUCUACAAUGCUACAACUUGGCAACAGAGAGUUAUACAGAUUUUUCCUCUGCUUCUGUUUCCGUUCUUAAUUUGGCUGAUAAGGAAGGCAUUGCAUUGGUACUUUGUAAAGAGGAUUGCUCAAAAUGAUCUUGCUCUUGAGGAAUUGAGGAACAAGAAAAAGUCUGUUUUAGAAGAUGUGAAGGAGAAUGAGAGUUACAAGAAAGCCAAAGAGAUACUUGAGAAGUUUGAUCCAAGUGCAACGUUGCCCCCUUUGACCUCGCCCCAGACACCAGCAAUCGGCAGAGGACAAGCACCUACACCAGCUCUGCGCCAGAGACCAUUCAGUGCAAGAGGUAGAGGACGUGGGAGAGGUUCUCCUUCUGGGACCCCUCAACGACCUUCACCUCAUCUUGGAAACCAACCAAUGUUACAAACACCUCAGGCUGCUAUGAUUAGAUCUCCAGGCACAGUAAGACCAAUCCUUUCUCAAGAACAGACAACCUUUGACAAGCUCGUAGGUUACUUGGUUGGAGAUGGACCAAGUAGCAGGUAUGCCCUCAUCUGCAAACAUUGCUAUUCACACAAUGGCAUGGCACUACAGGAAGAAUAUGAAUAUCUUGCAUUUAGGUGUGCUUACUGCAAGACAUUCAACCCAUCUAAAAAAGUCAGACCUAAUGCUCCUAAGCUUCCUGAAACACCAGCUGUUACAUUUGGAGCCACACUUGAGAGAAGAGGCUCUGGAUCGAAUGCUAGUGGGAGUGAAGUGAGUGGGUCUGACACAGAAUCCACAUCUAGCCAUCAGAACCAAAUGGAAGAACCUACAUCAACAAUGGAACCAUCAGCUGAAGUACAAAAUACAGAAGAAACUCCUGUAGAAGAGGUUAUCAAUAAAGAUGAGGUAGGAGGUUCAGAUCUUCCUGAAAGCACAACUGAUGAAGCAGCUGAAAGUAACGAAAUUCCAGUAGAACAAGUGGAACAACUUAGAUAACAGUGUUUUCCUUCUUGAUAUUUCUCUUCAUAUUGCUAGUAAUUUACUAAUUUUCAGAAUGCCUGUAUUUGUACUCAAUGUGCAAGUAUUGUUUCCCUGUAUCCUUUAGCACAAUUAAUGUUUCCAUCACAGAAUGUAGGGAAUGUUGGGAAUCAGCAAGGUAUUCUGGAGACCUGAGAUGCAAUCACAGCAUUUAGUUUUCUGGAUUUCCUUGUCAUGUAUUCCACUUUUAUUUUUCAUGUACAGGUCAAUGAUGUAAUAUAAACGCACAUGUGAAAGUAUUAUUUGACCAUAUUCAUAAUGAGAAAACAACAAAAGGGGGGUAACAGGUGGUAACCUUCCUCCAAAUAGCACAUUUGUAAUUUUAUAGCAGCUGCCACUCUUACUUAUCUCUUCCAUUCCGACCUCUAUGUUAGGAUGGUGUUCAGUCUGUGAUGGAUCACAUGAGCUUUUGCCUAUUUCCAUUUUAUCUCAAUAUUUUCCAAGCAUGCAGUUUCCAAGAGAAUUACUAUGAUAAAAGGGUGGAAGAAAAAUUCUAGAGCGGCUCACUAUAGAUUUGCAUUUAAGGGUCGUCUCAUCAAAAUAUAUGACUAUGGGAGGUACACAGCAAGGAAAGACACAGUGGUUUAUUACUAUAUUUACAGAUAAGCUCUAAGAUAUUCUUUUUAUUGGAGAAAUAUAAGGACUAAUUAAUUUUAUCUUGGGCCUCCAAAUAUUAAGAAAUUUUCCAAUCUAUCUGGCAUCUAGCUUGUUCAGGGAAAACUCUAUUUUUACCUUCCCAGU